CAUUUACUGUUUCACAACAACAGGAGCUGCGCCGUUAAAUGCCAGUUUUGCCAAGCUGGCAUAUAAUUAAUGAUUUUAUUCCGACUUCAUGAAAACUCAUGAACAUGGGAUAGUGCUAUCCGCUCACUGAGUUCAGUUUAUUUUAACUUCGACACCAUGUUUUCGCUGUCAUGGCUGGAGCGUCUGAGCAGCUCUGUCCUGUCGCAUGUAAACAUUGCAGCUUUUCUCACAUUUCUGCUGGUGUUUUAUUUAGUUCGUGUGUAUCAGAGCAGACGGGACUUCGCAAAUAUCCCGCCGGGUCCGAAACCGUGGCCGAUUGUUGGCAACUUCGGCGGCUUCCUCCUGCCCUCCUUCCUCCUGAGGAGGCUCGGACUGCUAUCAGACACCCCGGGCAGAAACGCGAUGGUUGUUUUAACGGAACAAGCCAACACUUACGGUAACAUCUUCAGUCUGUUUGUGGGGAGUCAGCUGAUGGUGGUGCUGAACGGCUACGAAGUCGUGAAGGAUGCUCUCUCAAACCAUCCCGAGGUGUUCUCCGACAGACCAGAUAUCCCCUCGAUCACCAUCAUGACCAAACGCAAAGGAAUAGUCUUUGCCCCUUAUGGGCCUGUGUGGAGAAAGCAGCGCAAGUUCUGCCACACAACACUCCGAAACUUUGGCCUGGGAAGGUUGAGCUUGGAGCCUUGCAUCCUGCAGGGCCUGGCCACCAUCAAAACAGAGCUGCUGCGACUGAACGAGGAGUCUGGUGCCGCCGGUUUGGAUCCGGGCCCGCUGAUCAGCAACGCCGUGUCAAACGUCAUCUGCUCGCUGAUCCUGGGACAGCGCUUCCAUCACGAAGACCGCGAGUUCCGCAACAUGCUGGACCUGAUGGAUCGCGGGCUGGAGAUCAGUGUGAACAGCCCCGCGGUCCUCAUCAACGUCUUCCCACUGCUGUACCACUGCCCUUUUGGGGUCUUUAAGGAGUUACGGCAGGUGGAAAGAGACAUGACUGUGUUUCUGAAAAGGAUUAUUGCAAACCAUCAGGAAACAUUGGAUCGUGACCACCCGAGGGAUCUUGUAGACAUGUAUUUGAUUGAGAUGUUGGCCCAGCGAGCUGCUGGAGAGGAGGACAGCAGCUUCACAGAAGAUUAUCUCUUUUAUAUAAUAGGAGAUCUCUUCAUCGCUGGCACCGAUACGACUGCCAACACCGUUUUGUGGAUUCUGCUCUACAUGGUUUUACACCCUGAUAUCCAAGACAAAGUACAGGCAGAGAUUGAUGAAGUGAUCGGCACCCAUCGGGUCCUGUCUUUGACCGAUAAGGGCACUUUGCCCUUUACUGAAGCCACCAUCAUGGAGGUGCAGAGGCUGACUGUAGCAGUUCCUCUGGCUAUUCCUCACAUGGUCUCUGAGACUACAGUGUUCAGAGGCUACACUAUUCCCAAAGGAACUGUUAUUGUGCCCAACCUGUGGUCUGUCCACAGAGAUCCCACUCAGUGGGACGACCCAGACAGUUUUAACCCAGCACGCUUCCUGGACAACGAGGGAAAUGUGCUCAGGAAAGAGUGCUUUAUACCGUUUGGGAUUGGUCGCAGGGUGUGCAUGGGUGAACAGCUGGCCAAGAUGGAGCUGUUCCUGACGGUCACCAGUCUACUGCAGGCCUUCAGAUUCAGACUGCCGGAGGGAGCGGCUCCUCCUCCUCUGCACGGACGCUUCGGCCUGACGCUGGCACCGUGCCCGUACACCGUGUGUGUCAGCCCACGUAGAUGAAACUUCUAUAAGGCUCGGACCUAUCCAGUCGCCUCUCCAUCGGCUCUGCUAAAUCUAUCCUCUUAUGUCUAUUUGACAAAUAUCUGUUGAGCCUUUUGAGACUGACAUGGACGAUGAUGACCUAUGACUGUGAGUAAGGACAGGCAACUCAACUCAUCCGUCUCUUGUUGACACUGCCUGGCCAACCUGGCCGGUCAACGUUUUCCAACCUAAACAUCCAAGUAAAUAGAGGAAAAGGUAGAGAAGAUGGGCACCAGCUACGACCCCAACCAUAUGGACCACCAAGACCAUCUCUGUGUCCAUUUCUACAUCACAGGAGGCAAAGAGGCAGAUUGAACACUGGCUGAAUCCUGGUUACACAGGUCCUCUCUGCAGCGCGUCCUGCUGGGUUGACUCCGUGCCCACGUUGGUUUUCCAGCAAUAUGUUUGGAGCUGCAGCAUCCUUUGUUUGGCCGAGACUUGGCUGCAUCCUGGAGUGCAUGAUGGCGCCGUUCAACCAGCCUUACAUUUUUCUGUGUUCCAAUCCAGCAAACACGUUCUUCUUCAUGUUAAAAAUGCACAAACUGAAGGAGCUAAUGGGAUGGCAUUUUUCUUACACUUCAAAAACAUCUAUUGAAUGAAAUAGUGUUAUAUUUAGUUCCAAAAGAUCUUCUUUCAACCAAGGAUCUUUACCAACCAAGAUGAGAGUAAAAGUCUCCUGGAGAGACGAUGUAAUCUGUGCAAAACUGGAAAAGAAUGUGUUAUGCACUUAUGGCUGUAUAUUACUUUUAAUUAUCAAUGAAUGUAUUUAUUAUCCAAGCAAUCUUAAAUACUCAUCAUCGUCAGAAAUGACCGCAAUCCAAAGUGAUACAAGUUAUUACAUUUAAAAUGGUAUUAUCCAUAACCUCCUUAAACCAGCAAAUGUUACAUAUAUUUACUUGAUAAUCAAGUAAUGAGUCUGUCAAUGAGCAACUUCAUGAUUAAGGUCAGUAUUUCAUGUCAGAUGCCUUCUAUUCUGAAAGAUAACUGCUGAAUAUCUGUAUUCAUAUUUUAUUGUUUUAUAAUGUGUGCCACUGAUUAAUAGAAAUUAUUAUAACACAUAUCUAUCCUCAUCCUUUAUCAAGGUAUUAGGGAAAGAAAGAUUUUCUUUGAAAGAAAUAUAUUUUAGUUGCAGACUUGAUGAAAGGCUCGACACUAUUUAAAUAAAAAGAUUGUGUUAAUAAUAAUUAUCUUAAUGUAUGUGGAUGAAUAUGUAUUUUUGAUUCUAUUUUUUUUACUCUUUGAUUUUUUUUUUUGCUUAAAAUUGCUGACAUUUUAAAGAUAAGACUAUCUUCUAAGCAGUGGAAGAUAUCAUUUAAAUAUUUUGUAUUGUUAUUUUUGAAAGAAUA